AUGUCGUCAAUGCGAGGACUAGUCCAGUUCAUCGCGGAUCUGCGCAACGCCCGAGCGCGCGAACUGGAAGAAAAGCGCGUGAACAAGGAGUUGGCCAAUAUCCGACAGAAAUUCAAGUCGGGCAAUUUGAACGGCUACCAGAAGAAGAAAUACGUGUGCAAAUUGCUCUAUGUCUACAUCCAGGGCUAUGAUGUUGAUUUCGGUCAUCUUGAGGCUGUCAACUUGAUUUCGUCGACUAAGUACUCUGAGAAGCAGAUUGGGUACUUGGCUGUUACGUUGUUCUUACACGAGGAGCAUGAAUUGCUUCAUCUUGUUGUUAACAGUAUCCGGAAGGAUCUGCUUGAUCAUCAUGAAUUGAACAACUGCUUGGCUUUGCAUGCUGUUGCUAAUGUCGGUGGAAAGGAGUUGGGAGAGGCGCUUGGGUCUGAGGUCCACAGGCUCUUGAUUUCGCCGACUUCCAAAGCCUUUGUUAAGAAGAAAGCUGCUUUAACGUUGCUGCGGUUGUACCGCAAGUAUCCCGGUAUUGUUCGGAAUGAAUGGGCCGAGAGAAUUAUUUCCAUUAUGGAUGACCCUGACAUGGGUGUGACUCUGUCUGUUACCUCUUUGGUUAUGGCUCUGGCGCAGGACAUGCCGGAGGAAUACAAGGGCUCUUAUGUCAAGGCUGCGCAGCGGUUGAAGAGGAUCGUGGUUGAUAAUGAUAUUGCCCCAGAUUACCUCUACUACCGUGUUCCAUGCCCAUGGAUCCAGGUCAAGUUCCUGCGCCUCUUGCAAUACUAUCCCCCAUCAGAGGACAGUCAUGUUCGCCAGAUCAUCCGAGAGUCUCUAUCUCAGAUGAUGCAAGCUGCAAUGGAAACACCUAAGAAUGUCCAGCAGAACAAUGCUCAGAAUGCUAUUCUCUUCGAAGCCAUCAACCUCCUCAUCCACCUCGACUCUGAGCACAAUCUUAUGCUACAGAUCUCUUCCCGCCUGGGCAAGUACAUCCAGUCUCGCGAAACCAACGUGCGAUACCUCGGUCUAGACGCUUUGAGUCACUUUGCUGCUCGAGCUGAAACACUUGACCCGAUUAAAAAGCAUCAGAACAUUAUCUUGGGCUCGCUGCGAGACCGUGACAUCAGUGUCCGACGUAAAGGAUUAGAUCUGUUGUACAGCAUGUGUGAUACCACUAAUGCCGGCCCGAUUGUCAACGAACUCUUGCGAUACUUGCAGACUGCAGACUACGCAAUUCGAGAGGAAAUGGUGUUGAAGGUUGCCAUUCUUACUGAGAAAUACGCCUCCGAUGCACAGUGGUACAUUGAUAUGACAUUGAAGCUGCUUUCAUUGGCAGGUGAACACGUCAACGAUGAAGUGUGGCAGCGAGUGAUUCAAAUCGUGACCAACAACGAAGAAUUACAAGCCUAUGCAGCACACACUCUCCUAACCUAUAUGAAGAGUGAUUGCCACGAAAGUUUGGUGAAGAUUGGCUGUUACGUCUUGGGCGAGUUUGGUCACCUCAUCGCCGAAAAUGCAGGCUCAAGCCCUAUUGAGCAGUUCCUGGCCCUGCAGGCCAAGAUGUUCUCCAGCUCUGACAACGCGCGGGCCAUGAUCCUGUCGUCAUUUGUCAAGUUUGUGAACCUGUUCCCCGAGAUCAAACCUCAGCUCUUGCAAAUCUUCCGCCUGUACAGCCACUCACCCGAUUCUGAACUACAACAGCGAGCAUUUGAAUACCUGUCGCUGGCGACUCUUCCCACUGAUGAUCUCCUCCGAACAGUCUGCGACGAGAUGCCUCCCUUCUCAGAGCGGGCUUCCAUUCUACUCUCUCGGCUGCACCAGAAGACAGCCGGUGCUAGUGAAAGGAAGGCCUGGGUUAUCGGUGGCAAGGAUGCCAAUGCCGACAAACAGGAAAUGCUCCUGGCACAGAACACUGGACUCAAGCGCACCUUCACAACCAUCGUGCAUGGUACGCGUACUGGGUCCAAUGGUACCCCCACCACUCCAAAUGGUGCAAGUGCAUCAGGUGACUUGGCAGGCCUGGAUCUCAGCGGUCCUUCGGGCCCAGCACCAAACAUGGCCAGUGCCGCUCAUCUGACCCCCGAAUGGGACAUUGGCUACAACCGUCUGUUCUUCUCCCGCGAGGGUGUUCUUUUUGAAGAUGCGCAGAUCCAAGUCGGACUGCGGUCAGAGUACCGUGGUCCUAUGGGUGUAGUAAAGCUAUACAUCUCAAACAAGUCCACAUACCCCAUUGGAUCUCUCACGACAACAGUCGACAACCCGGCUUCUCCCAACCUAAAGGUCGACACCAAGAACCUGCCAGAGCCAACAGUGGCAGCUUCUGGACAGACACAGCUGACUCUGUUCUGUACUGCCCACGGUCCAUUCACAGAUGCGCCUACUAUUCGUAUCUCAUACCUGGCCGGUGCACUGCAGGCCUACACACUCCAGCUGCCUGUCUUGAUGCAUCGUUACAUGGAAUCUUCAGCAUUGUCAGCCGAAGAAUUUUUCAAGCGAUGGCGCCAGAUUGGCGGUGCCCCGCUAGAGUCCCAGAAGACCUUUGGUCUAACCGGCAAAAACAAGUCUGUCAACGAGGCGUUUACUCGUCGGAUUGUCGAGGGAUUCUCGUUCAAGAUUCUAGACGGCGUCGAUCCAAACUCUCAGAACAUUGUCGGGUGUUCGGUCUUCCAAUUUGAGGGUGGUAAGACGGGUUGCUUGUUGCGCCUUGAGCCUAACUAUGAGAAGUCGAUGUAUCGUGUCACGAUCCGUGCUACUCAAGAACAGGUCCCGCAGUCACUUGUGAGACAGAUAGAGCAGCGGUUGGCGCAGGGAAUAAGAGGGGGCGAGUUCGACUAA